AUGCUGUUUCUGAGUCUUGCAUUUCUAAUUGCUCUCCUCCUAGGUGGGGAAAACACAGCUGGUUUUGAGAAGCCUAUCUCCUUCCAAGUCAUUCAAAUCUCAACUUUUUACAACCAUUCCUGGGUACAGACUCUGGGCUCAGGUUGGUUGGGUGAGUUGGAGACUCAUCACUGGGAGACAAACUCUGGCACCAUCGUUUUCCUGCAGCCUUGGUCCAGGGGCAACUUCAGUAAUAAGGAGUUCAUAGACUUGGAAAUCUUUUUCCAUUCAUACUUCAUUAGAUUUACUCAACUAAUUCAGAAGUACGAAUUCUAUUUUGAAUAUCCUUUUGUGUUUCAGGUGGCAGCAGGCUGUGAGCUGCACUCUGAGGAGGCCUCAGUAGGCUUCCUACAGGAAGCUUACCAAGGAUCAGAUUUCCUAAGCUUCCAGAACAAUUUGUGGUUGCCGUCUCCACAGGGAGGAAGUGGGGCUCAGAAUUUGUGCAAACUACUGAAUCUAUUUGAAGGCUUCAAGGAGGUAGUGAACAGACUCCUCAGUGACAUCUGCCCACGUUUUACGUUGGGACUUCUUGAUGCAGGCAAGGCACAUCUCCAGCGACAAGUGAGGCCUGAGGCCUGGCUGUCCAGUGGCCCCAGCCCUGGGCCUGGCCGUCUGCUGCUGGUGUGCCGUGUCUCUGGCUUCUACCCAAAGCCUGUGUGGGUGAUGUGGAUGCGGGGAGACGAGGAGCAGCCACACACUCGACAAGGUGACUUCCUGCCCAAUGCUGAUGGGACGUGGUAUCUCCGAGUUACCCUGGACGUGGCGGCUGGGAAUGCGUCUGGCCUGUCCUGUCGGGUGAAGCACAGCAGUCUAGGAGGCCAGGACAUCGUCCUCUACUGGGAGCAUCACAGCCCCAUCGGCUUCAUCCUCCUGGCAGUUACAUUGCUCCUGGCUUUUCUGGCAACUCUUGCGUUUUUGUUAAAAAAGCGAUGGUGGAGUGAAAUGACCCUGGAAGUUACAGCUCUACAUGUCACAGUCAUAGGACUGCAGGAUGUAGUGGGGUCUUCACGCAGGUCUCACAGGCUUAGGGACAGUCAUGGCAGCCUGAAACAGAGGUAUACAGAUAGGGCCAUCCAGAUCCUACAGACACUUCCUGUGUCAGUCCUCACCUGUCAGCUGACUCCCUUCUCCAGUCUUUGCGGGGGCAUUGCUGACAGAACUUGCUUCAGCUGUGCAGAACAUCCCGUCGCGUGUUCUCCCACGGUGGUUGGAAGACCUGAGAAGGUACGUGGCUCCUUACACGUGCCUCACGUGGACGAUUCUGUGGCACGAUCUGCAGAGCUCAUCAGUGAGGUCAGAGCCCUCACUGGUGUCAACCCUGAUGAAUAG